AUGAGGUGUUUGGUGAAUGAGAGGGCCUUGAAGACCUCUUCUCCAUCGCAUACCCGCCCAGCAUCACCGAGCUUACUGGAAAUCCUUGCUGGUCAGUUCUCCCCGGAGGCACCAAGUUCAGUAAAUGUGGUGUUAGGGAUAGCAUUAAGAGGUGCAAUUGAAUGCCCUGGGUUCGGUGGUGUAGUGUUAGCACCCCUGAACGGCAAUCUGGAGGCCAGAGUUCAAUUCCCGGUCGUCCCCUGGCUCUCUUUCGCCCUCUCGUGCCAUCCAACUCCUUCAACAGGUUGUGCUCCAGACCCUUCCAUGGAGAGGGGAGUUCUAGUGAGGUCUGCCCGGACCGAGGGGGAGAAGCUCCUCUUGUGGCCCGUCAACUAUAACCCAUAG